CAGUUGAAAAGUGAAAAUAUCUUAAUUGCAGGGCAACGUAUUGUAAUUGAACAUUCUUAUUAAUCUACUCAACUUUAUUUGUAAUUUGUGAUCUGUGUUGUGAUAUUGACAAAAUUUAGAAAACAGGCCUUGUGUUAAAUAAACAAAUUACUAAGGUUUCCUUACAAUAAAUACCAAAAUAAAUCACAAUGGCUGGAAUUAAAGGACUGGUGUCGCUAGCAUUUGCUGGUUCAAUCGGGAUGACAUUUGUUAUAUUAGCAUGUGCCUUACCACAAUAUAAACUAUGGUGGCCAUUUUUCGUAGUACUAUUUUACAUCCUUUGCCCAAUACCAACAAUGAUAGCUCGGCGCCACACAGAAGGCACUGGUGGUACAAACUCACCAUGCAUGGAGACGGCUAUAUUCAUAACUAUGGGUAUUCUUGUGAGCUCCUUUGCACUGCCUAUAGUUUUAGCCCGCGCGUCUGUGAUUUUGUGGGGAGCCUGUUAUUUGACUCUAGCAGGCAACAUCAUAGUGUACCUCACUAUUCUCGGAUUCUUCACGAUCUUUGAUAUGGACGAUUCUGAUUAUGCAAUGUGGUGAGAAAUCUAGAAUGUGUCCCAACAUUCACUUGAGAGAAAGACAUUCACAAGGCAGAUUUUUGUAUAAGAUAAUAUGUUGUGUUAAUCAUUUAUUAUAAGAGUGAAUUAAUGAUGCUGAUGUUAGGAUUUAGAGUUUUAUUUACUUCAGUGUAAUUUAAAAAUCUAUACCCAAUUUUUAUUUAUGAAUAUUAUAAGAUUGUUUUUUUUUUAAUUUCGAUAAUUGUCACUUAAUUAGUAUAAGAAACGGAACCUGUGUAUUUUUUUACAAAAACGUAACUCGUAAAUUAAUUAGAAACGAUAGGUAACCAAUAAUUAUUAUGGAAUGAAUCGAAUAUUGUCUAACUGCUUAAAUUUGGGUGUCUAAAAAUAUGAAUCUUGCAAAGUACAGUAUUGUUUUUAUAUUGAUAUUUUGUAUGUUGAUUACGUUUUGCUUACAUCGUUUCUAUGAGCAUCUUCACUGAGAGAUGGGAAUGAUUAUCUUUUAUAAAAUUACUAAAUAUAAUAUUAGUUCAUUAUAUUUUAUAAAUAAUUAUUUAUAGUUAUAAAGAAAAUAAUAUUAAAUACACAUAUAACAUAUUUUAUUUAACUUUGGUGAAAGUACAUGUAAGUUUAUACUAAAAUCUUAAGAGUAUUUAUUUAAUUCAUCCAUAACUUUAUCUUGUAUAAUGAUUGAUAGUAACAUUUUGAUUUCUUCAAAAUUACAUUCCUGUGUUAUGAUUUUUUUGUAUAUACGUAACAAACAACGGUUUAUCUGUCAAUAAAACACUAAAAAAAACAACAACAGUAUACCUACUGCGACUGUUUUAGAUAAGUUGAAAUUUGCAUCUGCCUUCGAUUUUAAGACGUUAUGUAUUUACCAACAGCAGUCAAUAAAAUGGACAUGUACUAUUAAAAUUUUUGGAUCAUCCGCAUCGCUUUAUAGUGAUUGGCGCGACUUGUGCUGGAAAAUUGGACGUGUUGAAAAAAAAUACUCUCGAAGAAAAAUCGACGCUUUGAGACAUCGUUUUUAGAUUAAUGUUAUUGGAUCCUGGUCACAAUAAAUAUCUAACCAAAUCUUUGUAAA